UCAUGGCGAGAGCCCAGCAGUGGUGCUGAUGUUGAGAGAAGCCCAGGGUAUCACUAAUUGAAGGAGUGAGAAGAGAACAGCUCGCUUUGGAAACCGGACUGCAGGGUUGUGAUCCAGUUCUGAGCUGGUGAUAAACACUCCCUGUGACUUUUGGUCAAUUCAGCCACCAGAUUCCAGCCAACAUGACCCUCGCAGCCUAUAAGGAGAAGAUGAAGGAACUCCCACUAGUGUCUCUGUUCUGCUCUUGCUUCCUGUCUGAUCCCCUGAAUAAAUCAUCCUACAAAUAUGAAGGCUGGUGUGGGAGACAGUGUAGGAGGAAAGGUCAAAGCCAGCGGAAAGGCAGUGCUGACUGGAGAGAAAGAAGAGAACAGGCAGAUACAGUAGACCUGAACUGGUGUGUCAUCUCUGAUAUGGAAGUCAUCGAGCUGAACAAGUGCACCUCGGGCCAGUCCUUUGAAGUCAUCCUGAAGCCACCUUCCUUUGACGGGGUGCCUGAGUUUAAUGCCUCCCUCCCAAGACGGCGAGACCCAUCAUUAGAAGAGAUCCAGAAGAAGCUAGAAGCAGCAGAGGAGCGAAGGAAGUACCAGGAAGCUGAGCUCCUGAAACACCUUGCGGAGAAACGAGAGCACGAACGAGAGGUGAUCCAGAAAGCUAUCGAGGAAAACAAUAACUUCAUCAAGAUGGCAAAAGAGAAGCUGGCCCAGAAGAUGGAGUCCAAUAAGGAGAACCGGGAGGCCCAUCUGGCCGCCAUGUUAGAGCGGCUGCAAGAGAAGGAGCCGCCUGCCGCGCGGUGACUCCCGGGACCGAUCGGUGGCCUCGUCCCAUGGACAAGCACGCUGAGGAGGUUCGGAAAAACAAGGAGCUGAAGGAAGAGGCCUCCAGGUAAAGCCCAGAGGCCAAGGAAGUUUCCAGGACAGCCGGACAGCUCCCGUAGUGACCUGGUUCCAGCAGCCUCAGCUGCUGGCUGCUCUCCCAGCACUGGGGUUCGGGGGGAGGGGGGUGGCCAAGGGGCGUUUCCUCUGCUUUUGGUGUUUGUACAUGUAAAAGAUUGACCAGUGAAGCCAUCCUAUUUGUUUCUGGGGAACAAUGAUGGGGUGGGAGAGGGGACAGUGAGAGUGUGGAAAAGGGAGGUGAAGAUGAGCCCAAGGACAUUGUGACACUGUCCACUGACUGCAGACUUGGGCCAAGGCCCCCGCUUUUCAUGGCUCUGCCUGGACAUCCGGCCUCCAGGUUCCGAGUGGAGACAAGAUGAGAACCGAGGUAGAAGUUCAGAGUGAAGGGCAGAGUCCUGGCGGGGUGGUGGCUGCAGGGCCAGCAGGACAAGCCCGUCUGGAUGGAGUGAGACCUACCCUGCAGCGGGUGGGAUAAGGUCUGUGUGCGUCUGUUCAUUGUCAUCUUUUGAUCAUCAUGACCAAUGAAACAUUUA